GUAUAAAUACAUAGCUAUUUAUAAAUUAGCUGGCCAUAUAUAAAUACAUAUGUAUAUAGAUAAAUACACGUUUCUCUCACACCGUAAUAAGUUAAGUUCGGAUCUAACAUUUACAUUUUACAUAUUUGCAUACAUACAUAUGUACAUAUGUAUAAUGUCAUGGAUCAUUUCAACUCUAAAAUCAACCUCGGUGGAGCCAUCAGCAUUCUUGCUACUGAUAUCUGUGGUAAUGACGGGAAUGCUGUGUUUCAAUCUGCAGAUCGAGUCCACCUGCAUGGUUUACUUGAAUGAGACGGAAGCCGUUUGUAAGGAAGUUGUGAAUGCAAACAGUACAUUUUCCAGUGAGGAAGUUGAAGUCCAGAAAGUCGUCGCUGACGCCCAAAUUUAUUCCUACAUAGUGGAAAAUAUUCUUCGGCUGUUCUACAUUCUUGUCGCAGGGGCAUACAGUGAGCGCUAUGGGAGGAAGGGGGUAAUGACGUUGAGUUUAUUUGGGGCUUGUUUGCGAGGAUUUGCAAUGAUGAUAGCGUCACGAUAUUAUGCAACGUUGGGUCCCUACUGGAUCGGCUAUAUUGACGCAAGUACGGGCAAUAUUUUUGGGAAAGAGACCGGAUUCACCAUGGCCGCUUACAGUUAUAUUUGCGACAUGACGGAAGAAUCGACACGAACCUUUCGAAUAGCAAUGCUGGGUGCAUCCUGCCAUUUUGGUAUUGCUCUGGGUUAUUUGAUUGCCGGAAUGGUGAUAAAUGCUGGAUUGAGCUCUGAGAUGAGCUUCCUCAUUUCAAUUCUGAUUUCCGUGAUGGCCUGGAUUUUGCUAAUCUGCUGUGGAAACGUAAACUCUAGGAGACAAUCGAGGGAAGAUUUUCUUAAUCAAAAGGAACAUCCAGGAUUAGUAAAAUCAAUUAUUUCCCCAAUUGUUUAUCCCUUUGGUAAAGAUCUGAAACACAGGAGAAUGUAUGUUUUCUGGAUUUUCAUUACUUAUGUCUGUACAAUCGCUCCGUUUCAUGGAGAAUCUUCUAUCUUGUACCUGUUCUCUAGACGCCUCCUUGGCUGGGAUGCUACUCAGUACGGAUACUUUUGCAUCUAUGGGAUGGCUUUACGAGUUUCAGGAGUCCUCUUAUCAAUGGUGAUACUGAGCCAUGUCUGGAAAUUGCGUGACCCUGUGAUUGGAUUUAUUUCUUGUUUGAGUCAAAUAUCUGGACAUGUAAUGUACAUGAUUGCGACGAAUGCGGUCACGAUGUUUUUAGCCCCUGCUGUUGGGUUAAUGACUGAGACAACACAUGUUAUUUCAAGAUCGCUGUUAUCAAAAAGUGUGCCGAAGGCUGAUGUUGGAAAGGUGAUUGGACUCAUGUCAAUUUUGGACAUUAUUGCGCCUCUGGUUGUUAUUCCAAUUUAUAAUUUGAUUUACAAAAACACAUUGACAACAUUUCCGGGAGGCGCUUUUCUAUUUUCGGUGGGGAUUACACUUCCUGCUAUGGCAAUAUUCUUCUUUAUGUUGUGCAAACCAUCCUGGUGGACAAAGAGGGGUCAGCCUAACAUGGACAUUGAGCGAAUACCAAUAUUACAAGAAUAAGACUGUUCCAAUAAAUACUAUAAUAAUAAGACCUUGAUCAAUUUAUUUUACCAAUUAUUA